AUGAGUGGUCAGGAACUGGUCACUUUGAAUGUGGGAGGGAAGGUAUUCACCACAAGGUCUUCCACCUUAAAGCAAUUUCCUGGCUCUCGGUUGAUGAGAAUGUUAGAUGGCAGAGACAAAGAAUUCAAGAUGGUUGGUGGCCAGAUUUUUGUGGACAGAGAUGGUGUUUUAUUUAGUUUCAUCUUAGAUUUUUUGAGAACUCACCAACUUCUACUACCCACUGACUUUUCAGAUCAUCUUAGACUUCAGAGAGAGGCUCUAUUCUAUGAACUCAAUCCUCUGGUGGAUCUCUUAAACCAAGAACACAUGUUACAGCCAAGACCUGCUCUUGUGGAGGUACAUUUCCUAAGCCAAAAUACUCAGACUUUCUUCAGGGUGUUCGGCUCUUGCAGCAAAACAAUUGAGAUGCUAACUGGGAGGAUUACAGUGUUUAUAGAACAACCUUCUGCACCAGCCUCGAGUAGUAACUCUUUCCCUCAGAUGACCUUACUUCCACUACCUCUACAAAGACCAUCUUACCAUGACCUGGUUUUCCAAUGCGGCUCUGACAGCACUACUGAUAACCAAACAGGAAUCAGGUAUGUCUCCAUAAAACCUGAUAACCGAAAACUGGCCAACGGAACUAAUGUUCUUGGCUUACUGAUUGACGCUUUACUGAUGGAAGGCUUCCAUCUGGUCGGCACCAGAACAGUAUCCUCUGAAGACAGAACUGAAUGCUAUAGUUUCGAAAGGAUAAAAAAGCCUGCCGCUCUUGCCAUGAACAAAACACUGAAAUCAGAGACUACCCUCAUGCCAGAGCAAUAG